AUGUCUCUCAUGGCUUCUUCUUCCUCUUUUACGUCUCUCAUGGCUUCUUCUUCCUCUUCUACGUCUCGUAACUACAGCUACAAUGUCUUCGCGAGCUUCCACGGGGAAGAUGUCCGUAAAACACUUCUCAGUCACAUACUCCAACAGUUUGACCUCAGCGGGAUCAGUAUGUUUGAUGAUGAAGGGAUUGAGAGAAGCGCAACAAUCGCCCCUUCACUCAAAAAAGCCAUAAAAGAAUCGAGGAUCUCGAUCGUGAUUCUCUCCAAGAACUAUGCUUCUUCAGGCUGGUGUUUGGAUGAAUUGGUGGACAUAAUGGAGGCUAAAGAAACUAUGGGACAGAUAGUGAUGACCAUCUUCUAUGGAGUGGAGCCAUCCGAUGUACGGAAACAGACCGGAGAUUUCGGGAUCGCUUUCAAUAAAACUUGUGAACGCAAGAAACCUACGGACGAGCGAAGACAGAAAUGGAGCCAAGCUUUGAAAGAUGUGGGAAACAUCGAGGGAGAAGACUUCUUAAGAUGGAAAACUGAAGCGGCAAUGAUCAAGAAAGUCAUAGAAGAUGUUUUAGAGAAACUGAAUGUGACACCAUCUAAGGAUUUUGAUGAAAUGGUUGGGAUUGAAGCUCAUUUGAGAAAAAUGGAGUCUCUGCUAGAUUUAGCUUAUGAUGGAGUUAAGAUGGUUGCAAUCACUGGUCCUUCAGGGAUUGGUAAGACUACCAUAGCUAGAGCUUUACAUAGCCGAAUCUCUAAUAGGUUUCGGCUUACUUGUUUUGUGGAAAACCUUAGGGAAAGCUAUCAUAGUGGUUUUGAUGAGUAUGGUUUGAAACUGGGUUUACAAAAACAGUUUCUUUCAAAUAUUCUUAACCAAGAGCGUAUUAGCAUAAGCCAUUUAGGUGCAGUAAAACAAAAUCUAGGCGACCAAAGAGUUCUUAUCAUUCUUGAUGAUGUGAACAAUAUAAAGCAGUUAGAGGCUUUGGCUAAUGAUAUUACAUGGUUUGGUCCUGGCAGUAGAAUUGUAGUCACCACAGAAAACAAAGAGCUUUUGCAGCAACAUGGUAUCAACAAUACAUACCAUGUGGGGUUUCCAUCUAGAGAAGAAGCUCUUGUAAUCUUAUGUAGAUAUGCAUUCAGACAAAGCUCUCCACCCCAUUUUUUUGAAGGGCUUGCUAGAAGAGUAACAGAGCUUUGUGGUAACCUUCCAUUGGGUCUCCGUGUGGUGGGUUCAUCUUUACGUGGGAAGAAUGAGGAUGAGUGGGAAGAAGUAAUACAGAGGCUAAAAACUAUUAUUGAUCAUCAAGAUAUAGAAGAAGUACUAAGAGUCGGUUAUGAGAGUUUACAUGAGAAGGAGCAAUCUCUAUUCCUGCAUAUAGCAGUCUUCUUCAACUAUAGAGAUGGUGAUCUUGUGAGAGCCAUGUUCGCUGGUAAUAACAACUUGGAUAUCAAACAUGGUUUGAAAAUCCUAGUAGACAGAUCUCUCGUAUAUAUGUCUACAAACGGAGAAAUAGUGAUGCACAAGUUACUGCAACAAGUGGCUACAAAAGCCGCUCAUAGAGAAGAACCAUGGAAACGCCGGAUCUUAAUAAAUGCUCAAGAGAUUUGUGAUGUUCUUGAACGUGCCGAAGGUACAAGAGCUGUGUCGGGCAUAUCAUUUGAUAUAUCUGGUAUCGACAAAUUGUCUAUCAGCAAGAAAGCUUUUAAAAGAAUGCCUAAUCUUCGAUUCCUCAGAGUUUACAAAAGCAAAGAUGAUGGGAAUGAUGUGUUGCGUAUAUCUAAGGAGAUAGAAUUUCCGUGUCGUCGCCUAAGGUUACUAGAAUGGAACGCAUACCCAAACAAGUUUCUCCCUCUUACAUUUCAUCCUGAAUAUCUUGUUAAACUUGAUAUGACGAAUAGCAAGCUCAAGUACCUCUGGAAAGGAACUCAGCCGCUUACAAAUCUCAAGGAGAUGAAUUUGUCAUGUUCCGUUCAUUUGAAGGAACUCCCGGAUCUUACAAAUGCUACAAAUCUGGAGACACUGUAUUUGAAUCAUUGCACGAGUUUGGUAGAAAUUCCAUCCUCUUUUUCACAUCUUCAUAAACUAGAAACUUUGCGGAUAACGGAGUGCACAAACCUACAAGUCAUUCCAGCUAACCUGAACUUGCCUUCCCUUGAUUACAUUCCAGAGUCCAUCAAAGAUCUUCAUCAGCUAAAGUUCCUUUUUCUAUCUGGCUGCGAAAGAAUCACAUCAUUGCCGGAGCUCCCCCGUUCGCUCAUGGGUCUAUUUGCAGAUGAUUGUGAAUCACUAGAGACGGUGCUUUUCCCUAACAACACUCCAAAUGCGAGUCUCAAUUUCAUCAACUGCUCCAAACUGAACCAACAAACACAAAGAGAAAUUAUCCUACGAUCGUUACGUGAUGGAAAUACCCGGGUAACCGGAAGAGAAGUGCCAGCAGAGUUCGAACACAGAGAAAGAGGAAACUCCUUGACCAUUCGUCUUGAUGGUAACAUGCCUCUUCGCAUUAGAUUUAAGUUGUGCCUCGUGAUUUCACCGAACGAUAAAGGCGGCGAACAGUCUACAGAAUCAGUAAUUUGUCGUCGCUUUGUCAACGGCGAGUUAGUCCUCUAUGACGAGGAGAUCCACGGAUAUUAUAUUGCUAGCUCCGAUUUUAUAAAGGUGCAUCUGUAUAUAUUUGUUUCUAAUUUGCAAUAUAAUCACAGCGGUGAAGUGAGCAGUAAGGUAGUGUUCGAAUUCAGCAGCAAAGAUCAAGACAUGGACAUCCUUGAAUGUGGUGCCCACAUCCAAAGCAUCAAUGAGUCCGAACCGUUGGAGGAUGACGCCGAGGAAGAGGACCGUACAAAUGAAGAAAUAUGUGCCUCCAACGAAGACGACACCGAAGCCGGUGACCGUACAUAUGAAGAAAUCUGUGACUCUAAAGAGCAAGAGAAUAUACACUGCGCAAAACAGAGGAAUCGUAGGAGUGGGCUCUUCUCCUGCUUCAAUUUUGCGAGAAAAACAUUCUUUAAGUCAAAGGAGAGUUUGGUGACAAGAGUGGAGCUUCUGCUGACAACCAGCCUUCUUUCAAGGGACCAGGAUCCAGGCAUGGGUUUGGUCGUGGAGCUGGUGGUUUUGGUGGUGCUGGUCCAGCCACAGGAUCAGAUGAGAUCUUCCUUGAAAGAAAGAAAAUACACAGUUUUUCUUUUUGGUUAUGUUAGCUUUGUUUGA